GCCGGUCCCCGAGGAGCGCGGCGGUAAAUCCGAGGGGGCGGCGGGUCCCGGCCGGCGGCGGCUCCCGCAGCACCUCGUCCGUCUGCCCGCCGGCCGUCUGCGGCGGGCGGGAUGCGCCGCGCAAAGCAAACGGUUAAAGAUUUCGAGGGGAGGAGCCAGGCCGCAAUCCGCAAUUAAAGAUGAACUUUGGGUGAACUAAUUUAUCGGAUGGUAAGGUAGGGUGGGCAGCAACCUGGGAAGGGUAUAAAAGGCGGCCCGCGGCGAGCCCGGCCCGCGCACUCGGAGCUCCCGGGGGGCCGGGCUGGACCGCACUCGCUGCCCUGCCGCCCCGCCAUGGGCUUCUCCGCUCUGGUCGCCAGCGCCCUGUGCACCUUCCUGCUGCCCCUGCUGCUCUUCCUGGCCGCCGUCCGGCUCUGGGACCUGUACUGCGCCAGCGGCCGCGACCCCAGCUGUCCGCUGCCGUUGCCCCCGGGCACCAUGGGGCUGCCCUUCUUCGGGGAGACGCUGCAGAUGGUGCUGCAGCGGCGGAAAUUCCUGCAGAUGAAGCGCAGGAAAUACGGCUUCAUCUACAAGACUCACCUCUUUGGGCGGCCCACUGUGCGGGUGAUGGGCGCUGAGAAUGUGCGGCACAUCCUGCUGGGCGAGCACCGCCUGGUCUCCGUGCAGUGGCCCGCCUCGGUGCGCACCAUCUUGGGCUCGGGCUGCCUCUCCAACCUUCACAACGGGCAGCACAAACACCGCAAAAAGGUGAUCAUGCAGGCCUUCUCCCGGGACGCCCUGCAGCACUACGUGCCUGUCAUCCAAGAGGAGCCCCGCCAGGCCAGCCCCGAUGGUGAGCAGCAGCUGGUGGAGGCCUUCGAGGAGAUGAUCCGCAACCUCUUCUCCCUCCCCAUCGAUGUGCCUUUCAGUGGGCUCUACCGGGGCCUGAGGGCGCGCAACAUCAUCCAUGCCAAGAUUGAGGAGAACAUCCGUGCCAAGAUGGCCCGCAAGGAGCCCGAGGGUGGCUACAAGGAUGCACUGCAGCUGCUGAUGGAGCACACACAGGGUAAUGGAGAGCAGCUCAACAUGCAGGAGCUGAAGGAGUCUGCCACAGAGCUGCUGUUUGGAGGUCAUGAAACCACUGCCAGUGCUGCUACAUCACUGAUUGCCUUCCUAGGGCUCCACCAUGAUGUUCUGCAGAAAGUGAGGAAGGAGCUGCAAGUAAAGGGGUUACUGUCUGGUCCCAACCAAGAGAAGCAAUUGGACAUGGAGGUCUUGGAGCAGCUGAAGUACACAGGCUGUGUUAUCAAGGAAACCCUCAGGCUGAGCCCUCCCGUUCCUGGAGGAUUCCGAAUUGCACUCAAGACCCUUGAGCUGAAUGGUUACCAGAUCCCCAAAGGCUGGAAUGUUAUUUACAGUAUCUGCGAUACCCACGAUGUGGCCGAUCUCUUUACCGACAAGGACGAGUUCAACCCGGACCGCUUCAUGUCUCCGUCUCCGGAGGACUCCUCUAGGUUCAGUUUCAUUCCUUUCGGUGGGGGCUUGAGGAGCUGCGUAGGCAAAGAGUUUGCAAAAGUCCUUCUAAAAAUAUUUACGGUGGAGCUGGCGCGGAGCUGUGACUGGCAGCUGCUAAAUGGACCUCCUACAAUGAAAACGGGCCCCAUAGUGUACCCUGUGGACAAUCUGCCUGCCAAAUUCAUAGGUUUCAGCGGCCAAAUCUGAGUGCUCAACGCUUGCCUCAGGCUGGAUUUCUGUAUAACAUCUCAUAUGUACAUAGUAACUUUUUAUAGUAACGAAGGCCUUUAAAUAUUUAAACUUGUAAAUGUACAGUAGUUAUUUAUGUCUAAGUAUUUCAAAAGGCUGUGACAUUUUUCCCCAAGCACUACAAUUAUGGGUCGUCGAUUCAUAAUUAGAUAAUUUUAUUUCUAUAGAAAUAAGUUUUCCCCUAUUUAAAAAUCUUACUACAAGCUGGCCAGAUACAUGUUUGACAAGACAUUUCACCAUGGUGUAUGCAUUCAGAAAUAUUCUCAAAGGCAUUUGAAACAAUGGCAACUAGCUCUCAUCCAAAUUAUCUAAAUCGUUAUGGUUUGAGGUUUUCAGUAUUAUUUGUGUCUAGACCUCAUGUUUAAUAUGUGAAUUUUAAGUUUGAUAAUAAAGUUUAUUUUUGAAGA